AUGGCAGACCGUCUUACGCAGCUACAGGACACAAUUAAUCAGCAAGCUGAGCAUUUUUGCAAUAGUAUAGGUAUAUUGCAGCAGUUUUCAACACCUAGCAAAUUCCCUGGUUUUGACCGCACUGGUUCCCAAACACCACAACAACAACAAAAUCAAGAGGACUAUGCAAUGCUUUUCGCGACAUUGAUAUCACGAUGUGCGAAGGACAUUGAUACUCUUAUUGAAUCUCUGCCGAGCGAAGAAAGCUCCACUGAAUUACAAGUGCAAAGUUUAAGACGACUAGAAGCAGAAAAUAAAGAAGCAGCAGAGCAAUUAGAAGAGGUGGUGCGGCAAGGAGAGAUCCUUUUGGAGAAAAUUCAAGGAGCUCUCAGUGACAUUGCACAGUGUCAACUAGAUAUGCAGAAUCCUGCACUGAUACUGAACAAGGAUGUCAAACCAAUAUUA